UGCCCGCUUAUAUACAGAUUGACUUUUCAGUUAUUCUGAUUAGAAUGAUUAAUGGAUAUGAUUGGGUUAGUUUCAAUAAUGUAUGAGCUACUUAAUCACGUCUUUUUGGUCAACUCCUACUUAAUCAAAGGUCAUAUGAAUUAAAAUAUGUGGUGAUAUCGUGAUGUAUGUACAUAUGUAUUUUAGUUUUGAAAAAUUGCUUCAAAUAAAAAGAAAAUAAAUUGCUUGAAAUGCCACUAUCACUUUUCAAAAAAAAAAAUUAUUGAAAAAUACCUUAACAUUUAAAUUAGAGUUUAUUAAUUAUUGUUUAGGGUUCAAUAUUUAGGGGAUAGGGUUGAGUUUAUAAACUUAUAUAAAUAUUUUAUAAAUGAUUUUUGAACAUUUAUAAAUGAUUUGGCAUGUUUAGUUUAGUUUUUCCUGGUGUGUUUAAAAAAAGGUCAAGUUUUUUUCUCAUAAACUUAAUGUAUUUAUGAAAUUGGUUAUUUUCAAAAGUAAAGUUUAAAAACGGACAAUAUUUUUUUUAAGUGGUAUAUUUGUGGUAAAAUUGAAAUUCUUCCUUUAUUUUACUAUAUUUUUAAUUUAUUGCAGUUCACUUUAAUUAACGGAAUGACUAUUUUUGGCCGUGACGUGCAUAUAUAUACGUGACUAGCUGCGUACGACAUUCACGUUGUUCCUAGUUGUCGUCGUCUCUCUGUCAAUUUAACAUACAUACAAUUUAUGCUCUAAUAUUUAUCGUGAAUAAACGGUUUAGCCCAACGUAUUUUCUUAUACAUCAAUAAUAAAAGCAACAUACACCAACUACCAAUUGUAUAAUAUAUAUAGAUAAGUUUUCCUAUAAAAAAAUAGAUAAGUGGAAAUUGAUUAUUUGAAAGAGAAUGUCAUCGUUAAUGCAACGACCGCUGCUCCUAAAAAUUAGAUACCAACCAUGUGAUGUGUGCACCUAAUGAUUAGAAAUGUAAACUCUUUUAUCAAACACAAAUAAUUUCACAACCUCUUAUCAUAUAGACAGCACAUGUACUUAAUCGUACCCGUAGACUCCAAUAACGAGCCAUUCAUGCACUAUAUAUACACUCAUGCAUCAAACCCCAAAUCAAAACACAAACUCAAACUCACACAACUAACAAUGACGAAAUCACAAAUUACAUUAGCAAUUCUCUUCACCCUCCUCACCUUCAUCGAUGUCUCAACCAGCUCCUCCAACGUAUUCAACGUCGUUAGCUUCGGGGCCAAACCUGACGGAGUCACGGACUCGACGGCAGCAUUCCUCAAGGCAUGGCAAGCGGCUUGUGUCUCGGCAUAUUCAGCCACCGUGAUGGUUCCGACUGGUACAUUUCUAGUGAAGGGGAUAACGUUUACAGGGCCAUGCAAGAGCAAACUCAAGUUUCAAGUAGCCGGAACCGUGGUUGCUCCGGCAGAUUACUGGGCAUUUGGAAACUCCGGCUACUGGAUUCUCUUCAACAGGGUUAGCAAAAUGUCACUUGUCGGUGGGACUUUCGACGCCCGAGCUAGUGGGUUCUGGGCUUGCCGGAAAUCUGGUCAGAAUUGUCCUCCCGGUGUUAGGUCCAUAACGUUCAACGCGGCAAAAGACGUGGUCAUAAGUGGAGUGAAAUCGAUGAACAGUCAGAUGUCCCAUAUGACCCUCAAAGGUUGCACCAAUGUGGCCGUCCGUAACAUCAAGCUAGUCGCUCCUGGAAACAGCCCAAACACCGACGGUUUUGGCGUUCAAUCCUCCACAGGAAUCACACUCACCGGAAGCACAGUUCAGACCGGAGACGAUUGUGUUUCUAUCGGCCCUGGCACCCGCAACUUCCUCAUCUCCAAACUUAAUUGUGGCCCAGGUCAUGGGGUUAGCAUUGGGAGCUUGGCAAAGACAUUGAACGAAGAUGGAGUAGAAAACGUGACAGUAUCGAAUUCCGUAUUCACCGGGACAACAAACGGCGUAAGGAUAAAGUCGUGGGCGAGGGCGAGUACUGGAUUCGUUAAUAAAGUCUUCUUCCAAAACCUAAUCAUGAAGAACGUCCAAAACCCUAUCAUAAUCGACCAAAACUAUUGUCCUACCCACCAAGGUUGCCCUACCGAGCAUUCAGGGGUAAAGAUUAGCCAAGUGACGUAUAGGAACAUACAAGGAACGUCCGCGACACAGCAAGCGAUGAAUCUGGCAUGCAGCAAGACCAAUCCAUGCACUGGAAUCACAUUACAAGACAUUAAGCUUACUUACAACAAAGGAACUCCUGCUACUUCCUACUGUUUUAAUGCUGCUGGAACUAAUCUCGGUGUUAUUCAGCCUACGAGUUGUCUAAACAAAUAACAUCAAAUAUUCAAAGUGUACAUUUAUUUUGUGUAUGGUGAAAUGGUAAAAUGCUUAGGGGAUUGAGUUUUUUUUCAUCUUUUAAUCAUUGUUACCGGUGAAUAUAAUAAAAA